GGUACCUGUUCCACAACCAUAAAUCACUUCGCUCAUGACAACGAACCAGCAAAGUUGUUCAAUCCCAAAGGUUGUGAAUAAUUGUCAUAAAAAUUUUAUAUUUGUGUAAAAAGUUCUUAAUAAAAUUUGUCGACUUUUAGUAAUUUGAUACGAAGAUCACUUCAGGACCACUUGAAAUUUUGAUCAUGGAUAAUUUGGAGAAUAAUAGAGGUGACGACGCCAGAGGUGACGAAGCUAGAGUUGACGAGUCCAGAGGUGACGACGCUAGAGUUGACGACGCCAGAGGUGACGACGCUAGAGGUGACGAUGCCAGAGGUGACGACGCUAGAGGUGUCGAUGCCAGAGGUGACCACCAUGCCAACGCUAAUGGACAUCUUGUCGUCAACCUACCCGAGCUUUUGGCCAAAGUUAUGGCCUUCCUCCCGAAAUCUGACCUCCUCACGUGCACCCGAACCAACUCCAUGUGGGAAAAGGAAGCCCGUCUUCGUCUCCUGGCUCACACCAGACUCAGGCUAACUGCCCGCAAUAUCCAACACCAUCAGGACAUCGUUGCAGUUCGAGGAAAUUGUCCAAAACAACUUGACCUCAUUCGAUUCCGAAAUCUCUCCCGCGAAGCCGCCUUUGCCGAUUUGAUCGCCAAAACCGGCCACAACAUCAGCCACGUGAACGUCGCCCUGCCCCUGCCAAACCCCACGAGUCGUCAAUAUUUGGAACACUUGGCGAAUUCCUUCCCAAUGCUGACCACUUUGAAACUUACUCUUUGCCCAAGAAAGUUUGCAAUUUACCCUUAUUUAACAAAAUCUCCGUCAAACCUUCCCAAUUUUGCGAAACUUCGAAAACUCGUAAUCUUAUCGUCCUCCAAGAGAAAAGGUAGGGCCAAGGUUGACUUCCAAUUUGUCCAACGGAUACCCGACUUAGUCUCCCUGUUCCCGAAUUUGAAAUCCGUUUCCUGCUUCUUUGGUGGCCAAUCCAUCCCGGAAACUUUGGUCAAUUCCUUCUUCCUGAAGUUGAUGUCGCUUCGAAUAAUAAAUAUCGCUAUCAGAACGCCAAACACGCCAAAUGUUGAACGUCUUACCCGUCUAGAAGUAGGUGAUUAUUUGCGUAACAGACACCUUUUGUCGCAAGUGCUAAAUAUUGUUGCUAAAAAUUUGCAAUAUUUAAAAAUCUCUGAAGUGAACAAUUCGAACGUUUAUCCUGUAACGGAUAUCCGCUUUGAAAAGGAAAUAGUGCUUCCCGUCAUGCCAAACUUGAAAGUUUUUGAAUUUUUACAAAAUUCCGCAGUCCGUCGGAAGAAGUGGAAAAGUAACGUGUACACGCCGCACAUAGGGUUGAAGUUUGUAGGCAGCAGUGACGCGGACAAUGAUCCGCGAAUCGUUUAUGGGGAGCAGUUUCCCGUCCUGAGGAAAAUUAAGAUUUCGACGCGAGACCCGAAUGAAGAGACGCAUUGCUACACGGCCAGCCUUACUCCGAGGAACGUGUUAAGGGAGCAGGAAUUUUUUGAGACGUCGGUGUCAUUUUUGUUUAAUUCGUUCAUUCAUCGGAGCAAUUCGAGGUGUUUGACGUUGAAAGAGUUGGAUGUCGCGUUCCCGCCGGAGGACCAUUUUUCGCUGUUGGAGAUGAAGAAGUGCAAGUGUGGGGAUCAGCCGCAUUCCUGCUACUCCUACGAGUGGAGGCCUGCCUCCUACUUUUGGGAAUGGGUGAUCGCCAUGUUUCCCAAUGUGGAGAGAUAUGCGGCCAUGGGGGAUGUUGGGGAAGAGAUGGUUGAGGAUGAUGACCCUUGGCCGGUGUAAUUAUAGAUUUUGAUGAGCUUUUGGAUACGAAUCCCAUGUUGGCAGUAAAAAACAAUUUUAAUUGGAUUUUCAUAAUUUUAAUUAUACCUAUGUAGAAAUUUAUUUUAUCGUAUACGACAUUGAGCUGAGUUUUUUUUAAUUUGUUCAACAUUUUCUAAAUUAUUAUAACCACGGGUAUGUAUGUAUAUCUUCGUAAAAGUAAAAAUUUUAAUAAGGUUGAAUUUGAUAUUGAAUUUAAUAUUAAAAAAUGCUCAAAAAUUGUUCGACGAUAAUUUUUGGGACACUUUCUGUAUAUUCGUGCCAAAUUAUAUAAAAAUUCAUUUACAACUUUGAAUUACAAGUACAUGUGUGUAAAUAAAAUGCUGGUUAAUAUUCGUCUCAUUUUUCGAGAUCAAUUUAUGUUUUAUCUAUUUACAAUGAAAUGUUUUCUUAAAGUUAAGUAUUUGUAAUCCUAUAUUCAAGUGCUACUUAAUAGAUAUCAAUUACAUAUGUAUCUGCUUACAAGUUAUUUUACAAACCUUGACACCACACGAUAAAAUAUGUAAGAAUAAAGUGGCAACCAGUAUUUAUAAGAA